AUGUGGGUACUGCAGCAAUGGGUGACCAGCGGAUGUGAGCACCAGAAGGUGUCCAGAGGAUGUAAGCACCAGAAGGUGUCCAGAGGGUGUGAACACCAGAAGGUGACCAGAGGAUGUAAGCACCAGAAGGUGUCCAGAGGAUGUGAGCACCAGAAGGUGACCAGAGGAUGUGAGCACCAGAAGGUGUCCAGAGGAUGUGAGCACCAGGUGUCCAGAGGAUGUGAGCAGCAGAAGGUGACCAGAGGAUGUGAGCACCAGAAGGUGACCAGAGGAUGUGAGCACCAGGUGUCCAGAGGAUGUGAGCAGCAGAAGGUGACCAGAGGAUGUGAGCACCAGAAGGUGUCCAGAGGGUGUGAGCACCAGAAGGUGACCAGAGGAUGUGAGCACCAGAAGGUGUCCAGAGGAUGUGAGCACCAGAAGGUGACCAGAGGAUGUGAGCACCAGAAGGUGAUCAGAGGAUGUAAGCACCAGAAGGUGACCAGAGGAUGUGAGCACCAGGUGUCCAGAGGAUGUGAGCAGCAGAAGGUGACCAGAGGAUGUGAGCACCAGAAGGUGUCCAGAGGAUGUGAGCACCAGGUGUCCAGAGGAUGUGAGCAGCAGAAGGUGACCAGAGGAUGUGAGCACCAGAAGGUGACCAGAGGAUGUGAGCACCAGGUGUCCAGAGGAUGUGAGCACCAGAAGGUGUCUAGAUGGUGUGAGCACCAGAAGGUGACCAGAGGAUGUGAGCACCAGAAGGUGACCAGAGGAUGUGAGCACCAGAAGGUGAUCAGAGGAUGUAAGCACCAGAAGGUGAUCAGAGGAUGUGAGCACCAGAAGGUGUCCAGAGGAUGUGAGCACCAGAAGGUGUCUAGAUGGUGUGAGCACCAGAAGGUGAUCAGAGGAUGUGAGCACCAGAAGGUGUCUAGAUGGUGUGAGCACCAGAAGGUGAUCAGAGGAUGUGAGCACCAGAAGGUGAUCAGAGGAUGUGAGCACCAGAAGGUGUCUAGAUGGUGUGAGCACCAGAAGGUGAUCAGAGGAUGUGAGCACCAGAAGGUGUCCAGAGGAUGUGAGCACCAGAAGGUGUCUAGAUGGUGUGAGCACCAGAAGGUGAUCAGAGGAUGUAAGCACCAGAAGGGUGUCCAGAGGGUGUGA